AUGUCUUUUGAAAAUUUAGAGUUGAGCUAUGUCGACCUGGAAUGCGAAGUUACAACUGCAGGCACUACUCCUGAGGCGCAACAGACUAUCAGUAACGAUGUGCAUUCAGAGACCUCAAAUUCAGAGACAAAGACGUGGAGGGGGUUGGGGGUUAGGAGACGGGAACUAAGGCCCAGUGCUGGGGAUCAUACCCAAGGUCUAUCUUCUCCCCCCCCUCCUCAGACCUGCACGGAGAGCUGCUCUCAGACCUGGCUCCCUUUCGGCGGAUCUUCGUUCCUGUUGAGCUCAGGAAACGCCACCUGGUUCAACGCCUUCACCGAGUGCCACGCUCUGAACGGCAGCCUGGCCGCCAUCCUGUCCGAGAGAGAGAACGAUUUCUUAGCUGGGAUACUGACAGUAUGCCACGUAGACAAAGCGUGGAUCGGCCUCUCAGACGCAUAUAUCGAGAAUGUCUUCACGUGGAUCGAGGGAGAUAUGCUCUUCAUGAACUUCGGACCGGGAGAGCCCAGCGGCUCGGGCGACCACGCGUCGGAGGACUGCGUGGAGAUGCGCCAGGACACAGGCUUCCAGUGGAACGAUGAGUACUGCAUGGAACAGAGGAGAUUCCUGUGUCGCACGGACACCGAAUGAUCGUCUUUUCACGAGGGGUGAGGCAGACCCUUUAGAGUGGAAACGUUAUUGUUUCUCGUGAUCCACUUCAGUCUUCUGGAGUAAUAGCAUACAGUUUAAAAAAAGA